GGAUCCUGAGCCGUGUGACAAGUGGGGGGCUCGGCUUGCCUGUGGAUGGACGCACCAGGACUUGGUUUUUCCUCCCAUCGAAGGCGUGUGCAUGAAUGUGUGUGAGAGACAGUGAGCAUGAGCAUGACAGUGUGUAACAGUGUCGUCGAUCGGCUCUGGACCCUUCGCAUUAUGCAGCCGACGGUGCUCAUCACACUUUGAGGACUGACUCAUCCACACUGGACUGUGGUGGAGGGAUAAAAAACACUAAUGGAUUGAAUGAUAUGAAGAUGGGCUUAAGCUUCUGGUGCACCAAGUCCCUCUAGACUGCCCUGGAGUCUUGUCUCAGAAGGGGAUGCCAUUGGCUUCAAACUGGCACAAAUUGGACUUGCAGACACUACCAGACUGGUAGCCCAAAAAAUCCAAGGCUUUCUUAAAUUGCCUGAAGGGAUUCAAGGAAAGAAACCUCUUCUUUGGGGUCUUUGUUGCUUGACGUUCUUUUUUGGGGAAAUUCUUUCCCGGAGCUUAAAGGGUGCGAUAACACACUGGCAGACGAGACGGGACAGACGCAGGCAUGGCUCGCCUCAACUGGUGCCUGGCUGCUGUCAUCAGCUGGGGCAAGUUUCUCUUUGCCUGCUUCUUCCCUCUGCGGGGGGCUAAGAGAGACAAGCCUGACGAGCUGGAGGGCGUCCACACACACUCGUUCAAGUUGAAACCGUUCAAGAAGGCCAAGAGCUGCGAUAUAUGCAAGCAGGCCAUCACCAAGGAGGGCCUCAUCUGCAAAGCGUGCCGGCUCUCCUGUCAUAAGAAAUGUGAAGUCAAGGUGACCACGUCGUGUCAGACGAGCACCAACUAUGAGCUGCCUCCCACUCCGCAGCUGCCUUUAAAGCAUGUAGAUACUCCGGGUUCUCAGAGAUCCUGCAAGAGUGUCGAGAUAAGACGCAAGCAGUCUCGGAGUCAAAGCGUUGUCCCAGUCAUGGAGGAGCAGUACGAGGUGGACCUGGUAUACAUCACGGAGAGGAUCAUCUCCCUGUCAUUCCCGGCCUCAGCAGAAGAGCGCUCCUACACCAACCAUCUCAAGGAGGUGGCUAGUAUGCUGCGGUCCAAGCACGGGGAGCACUACCUGGUACUCAAUCUCAGUGAGCGAAGAAACGAUCUGAUCAAGUUAAAUCAUAAGGUUCUGGAGUUCGGCUGGCCAGACCACCAUGCUCCAGCGCUAGACAAGAUCUGCAGCAUGUGCAAGGCAAUCGACACGUGGCUCAAUGGAGACUCACACAAUGUGGUGGUCCUGCACAACAAGGGGAACAGAGGGCGUACAGGAGUGGUGGUCGCCGCUUAUAUGCACUACAGCAACAUAUCCGCAAGUGCGGACCAGGCGUUGGACAGGUUCGCCAUGAGACGCUUCUAUGAGGACAAAGCACUUCCGGUGGGUCAGCCUUCACAAAUAAGAUACGUGAGAUACUUCAACGGCCUGCUCUCUGGACACAUCAAAAUCAACAACAAGCCCCUGUUCCUACACCACGUCAUCAUGCACGGCAUCCCCAACUUCGAAUCCAAAGGAGGCUGCCGUCCCUUCCUCAAGAUCUACCAGGCCAUGCAACCAGUUUACACGUCAGGAAUAUAUAAUGUACAAGGAGACAGCAACACAAGCAUCUGCAUAACCAUAGAGCCCGGCCUGCUUUUGAAAGGAGACAUUUUGUUGAAAUGUUACCACAAAAGAUUCCGAAACCCAACUCGAGACGUGGUGUUCCGAGUGCAGUUCCACACGUGUGCCAUCCACGACCUGGGAGUGGUGUUUGGGAAGAGCGAGCUGGAUGAGACAUUUAAAGAUGACAGAUUUCCAGAGUAUGGGAAGGUUGAGUUUGUGUUCUCAUAUGCGCCAGAGAAAAUUAAAGGGUUGGGGCACCUGGAGAAUGGCCCGAGUGUGUCUGUGGACUACAACACCCAGGAUCCUCUGAUCCGCUGGGACUCCUAUGACAACUUCAACACCCGCUGUGAGGACACUGUGGAGGGAGAGCCAGAUGCUGAUCACACUCAAGGCCCUAUUGACGGAAGCCUAUAUGCCCGGGUCCGCAAAAAAGACUCCCUGGAGGGAGUGGUCACCAUCAAUGACCUCCCAGUCCACGAGAACCCUCUGACCAAUGCAGAAACCUCUCUCCAGACCACUAACCACUCUCUGCAGACAACAGACCAAACCAUCCCCGCCACUGGCCCCACUGCCCUCCCCGCUGUCGACCACACCCUCUCCGUGAGCAGCGACUCUGGCAACUCCACUGCUUCCAUCAAGACCGAUCGCACUGAUGAGCACAGCCAGUCCCUGCAGGGUGGGGUGAGCGCCAACAACCCGGCAGUGACCCACCCGUCCCUCAGCCCACAGGAGAAGCGAGAACUUGAUCAGCUUUUGAGCGGACUCGAACCUCCGAACCAACGGCAAGCCUACCUGUCCACAUCAACCAGCCCGGGAGGUGGGGUGAGGCAUCUUGUCCCGGCGCAGGUGCAUGUCAACGGAGGUCAUAACAGAGCAAUCAGUGCACCUACAGAAGAACGGGAGACAGAUAUUCUUGAUGAUGAAUUGCCAAACAGUCAAGAGGGUAAUAGUGUGGACAGCUUAGGGACAAUUUCUUCUUUAGACGGUCAAGCUACUCCAGCAGAUCUUUACUACCAAUCACAAACUCCAGUCAGCCAAAACGACGGGCCCUACCUCGAGAGAGGCAGUGAAAAAUUGACUGAGAUGCCUGUACACGGAUCUAGAACGCCCACCGCAAUGCAAGACCAUGGUGUUGACUCUCCAUCCCCACAGGGAGGAUACAACAGCUACCAGAAUGGGAAUGGAAUGUACCGUUCACAGUCCUUCGGGAACCAGGCUGGCAGCAGUCCGGAGACCAAUCCCAAACUGAUGCCGAGGGCCCCGGAGCGGAGCACGAGUAGCAGAGAGGCGGUUCAAAGAGGCCUCAACAACUGGCACCAGUACAGUCUCCCUGACGAUCCGUUCGGUCCUCCUCUGCACUCCACUCAUAGUCUCCCGCAUUUCCCGACCACAGCCUCUCAGCGUGACAUCGAGCAGUCCAUUGAAGCCCUAAACAUGCUAAUGCUCGACUUGGACCCUAUCAACUCCCAUAUGUCCAAGUCCCAUAGUGCGCCCACUGGGGAGAACAACCUCAGUGCGACCCAGGUUCCUUUCUCUCAGACCUUGGCCAGACCGUCGUACCAGGCAGACUCUGCGAUCCACGGAUAUAAUAAUAAUUCUGGUCCUGUCAACAGCGCCUUCCAUCAACCCCAACGCUCGCCUGGAAGGAUUUCGGCAAUCCCUAACCAGAGUCCCGUAAUGGAAUCGCCAGCUUUCUCUCCACAGCGAUCCAAUGCUGGCUACCAAAACAGCACCCCUUCCCAAACCCCGGAACCCUACAUCCAUUCUCGGCAGGCAACGCCCCACUACUCUGAACAGUCCAAUUUCAACCAGCAGAAACCUAUGAACUCAUACCAGGGAGGACCAGUUUCCCACUCCCCAGACCUCCAGGGUUCAUCGCCAUAUACAGGCUACAGUGCCUCCUCCUCCCCCAUCCCAGCACACACGCCCCAGCCCAAGGAAACGUCCUCCACAUCUUUGGCUAGAGAACAGGAUCCGGAGGAAGAGCUUAACCUGGAAGGCCUGGUGGCUCAUAGAAUUGCAGAGUACAACGCUCGGAUCCGGGGCAUCAGCGAGAGCAUCACCCCCCAGUCCGACCGCCUCCGCUCCUAUUCCUUCUCUGGAGUCCGAUCGAGAGGAAUGACCCCGGAAGUGACGCAGGAAACAGGACGUCGUCGGACCACCAGCGAGGGGCAGUACCAGAGCAGCCUUGAAAACCGCUCCGGUGUUAAUUCUCCGGAUUUCGCUCAGAACUUGGCCCUCAAUCCUGGAGGAAGACCGAGAGAAGGCACAGUGCACAGCUACCGUGAGGCGUUCGAGGACCAUGAGACCAGUGGCAGUCCUACGUUCAGAGGAGGUGGUGAGAGCUCCCCCCUGACCCCAUGCUUCCCCGUAUCACCACAGACUCCUUACUUCAACAUGAGCCGUACUCCUCCUGGACUGGCCAAAACUCCCCUGUCUGCCCUUGGAAUGAAGCCACAUGGGCACGGCGGAUCAGAUGGUGUAAUGGAAUCCAGAGCACAAGUCGUCAAUGCUCCCAUCACCUCCAGAAGUCCCGUGCACACCGCUGAUGGCAGAGUCCCAAUCAGACCUGGCUCCCCUGAGGGCUCCCAGGUGAACAUCAUGGGCUUGCACACGGUCCCAGGCAGCCCCAACACCCUGCACCGCACAGUGGCCACCAACACGCCCCCCAGCCCCGCCCUGCAGAGACGCCUGGGUCAGGGCAGCCCCUCCCUCGCCCGCCACCAGCCACCGCCCGCCGUGCCCUCCAGCCCCCUCAUUGCCCGCAAAGCCCCUGCCACCGCCGCCGCAGCAGGCACCAGCGCGGCUGUACCCCCCAGUCCGCUCAUGGGCAGGAGACCCACCCCCAGCGGUCACAGCACGCCCGACGACAUGAGCACUCGCCACACGCCCGCCUUCCAAACGUCUCCGCAGCUGCCAGACAAGAGACACAUGUCCAGUGGAGAUGCAGAGAGGACGGACAACAAAAAUCUGACACCCCCUCCGGCCAGCGGGAGCAGCACUCCCAACCUGACCGGGACGAACACGCUCCCGGACAUACCCAAGUCCAUAUAUGAUGGCUAUCCCGACAUCAAAAUGAACGUCAAAUUUGUCCAGGACACCUCUAAGUUUUGGUACAAGCCCGAUAUCUCCAGAGAGCAAGCGAUCAAUCUGCUGAAGGACAGGGAGCCCGGCGCGUUCAUCAUCCGGGACAGCCACUCGUUCCGCGGGGCCUACGGGCUGGCUAUGAAGGUGGCGUGCCCCCCGCCCACUAUCCAGCAGAACAAGAAAGUGGGGGAUAUGACCAAUGAACUGGUGAGACACUUCCUGAUUGAGACAAGUCCAAAGGGAGUCCGGCUUAAAGGCUGUCCCAACGAACCCUACUUUGGUUGUCUGUCUGCUCUGGUUUACCAACACUCCAUGACCCCCCUGGCUCUGCCCUGCAAGCUCAUGAUCCCCACCAAAGACCCAAAUGAAGAAGCCCUUGAACUGGCCACACCCACAGACCCGGUGGUGGAACUGCUCAAACAGGGAGCAGUCCAGAAGCCUCCUGAAGAAGCCCAUGCCUGCAACGUCCUCUACAUCAACUCCGUGGACAUGGAAUCUCUCACGGGUCCCCAGGCCAUCGCCAAAGCCAUCACCCAGACGCUGUCCACCAACCCCCUGCCCGCCGCAACCACCGUCCACUUCAAGGUGUCCGCGCAGGGCAUCACGCUCACCGACAGCCACAGGAAGAUUUUCUUCAGAAGGCAUUAUCCCCUCAACACGGUUACCUUCUGCGAUAUUGAUCCCCAGGACAGAAAAUGGGGGAAAGAAGGAGGUGGUUCAGUAAGGCUUUUUGGUUUUGUGGCGAGGAAACAAGGAAGCACAACAGACAACGUGAGCCACCUGUUCGCCGAGCUGGAGCCGGAUCAGCCCGCCUCCGCCAUCGUCAGCUUCGUGUCGCGGAUGAUGAAGCGGUGAAAGCCCCUGUGCGGCGGCCAUGUUGGACCUCCUCCUCUGUCAUUGGUGUCUCUCUCACCGGGAAGACGAGCCCUUUUUGAUUUUCGUCCCGUCUCUUUUGCCUUGCUGGUUUGUCUUGAGUUUUUUCAAAGGCUGGAUUGGAACGGAUCUACGGUGGCGCUAGAGGAAGUGCUAGUGGAGCUGAGAAUGUGACAAACGGCGGCCAUUUUGGAAAGGAGGAAGCGGCUAACCUUUAAGAAGAAAAUGCUAGCUAUAGACUACAGAGGAACUAAGUAACGUUGAGAAGAACUUCAGGUUUUCAUGUUGUUUGUGUCGACUGACUUAACCAAAGGUAGUUGCAAUACAAGUCCAAGAACGACGUAGCUAUUAAGCCAUUACAUUUACUUUCAAAAGAACAAAAAAAUACGAGAUUAUUCUUGAAAACGUCUUCAGAAGAAAAAAAAAAGUCGGCCAUGAUGGCUUUUAGCAAAACAGUGUCUGAAGACCUUAUGCAUGUUAGCUUGAUCUUUAAGCUCGGAUCUCUACCUUCCACUAAAAAAAUCUCAUUGUGAGUGCUCAUUUGACUUGGUCUGUGUCGGUAAGGGCUCUGCAGUGAAAAAUAUAGCAGACCAUUUGAAAAAAAGAAAAAAAAACUGAAAACACUUCACUCCUCUCCAGAGCAUGUCACGCACCGAGGAACCCACAAGAUGGCGCCACUCGCUCAGGCUCGGACACCUCUCCCACACAGCCUGGUCGCAGUAGUGGCACCUUUUCACGACUUUUCGCCAUCGCAACACACUGGAAACCACCUCAAAACCAGGACCUAUGCACUGUUUUUGCAUGUUGUCCCGAUUCUUGCACCCACCCCCCUCCUUUCCCUUCCUCCCCUCCUCUCUUCUCUCACUCCAUCCGAACAUCACUGACAACAUUCUGUGUGCUAAAAAUUUCUUCUAGAGGUUGUAUGGCUUGUCAAAGAGACUGCAUGAAUCUUUUUUGUACUAGGGAAACCAUCGUCCAAAAUAGUGACAUUACUUUCGGGGACAUCAUCCAGCACCAUAGGAUCAUUUUAAUAGGAAAAAAGACACUGUGCGCAAAUGCCUGUCUGUUUAAACCACCUUUCACAAUAAGCUAAGGAAAAUUGCUAUAACUGUACAUAGAUAUACUACUUUGAAAGAUGACAUAGCGAAAAAAGUAUUUAUUUUUGUUGCUUUAGUCCCUCAUGGUUACUCAUAUAUACAUAUAUUGUACAGUCUAGAUACCUAAAUGGGUGAGAAAAAAAUAUAAAACUUAUUUUGGCUAAUGAUUUCAAAGUCUGACGAUUUUGAAAUGUGUUGAAUAUAUGGUGUACAUUACUUUGUACAUGUAUAUGUUUGUUUUGGCCUGUCAUAUUUUUUUCUUUUUUUUCUUUUUUUUUGAGAACAAGGUAGGGCAUGAAUGGUAGAAACUGAGAUUCGCUGAAAUUUUUGCUGAAAAUUUUGCUGAAAAUUUUGCGGAAAUGCAUGGGCGGUUUUUGAAAACAGAACGGAACACACUCGUAGAAACAAAAAAACGAAAGUAGCUGGUAGAUGUUUUAGAUAAAAAAGGGAAAAUCGCAUUCAGCAGCCAACCUUAAAUGCAAUAUGAAAAAAGUAUGCAACCAUGACAGUUAACAGUUCUUUUUGCCAAAGAUUUAACCAUCUAUGCUAACUGGCUACAUGUUUGUUUUUUUAUUUAAUUUUGGGGUUUUUUUCAGUUUCAACACAAAAAAACGCAUUGCUUUUUACUGGUGCCGUGCCAAAAUGUAUGCAUCCAUUUUGGAAAGUCUGAAUAUUCACAAAAAUUUCAAAAACUGUGUCAACUGCUGCUCUGUUUUCUCCGGCCCUCUCACCUCUUUUAUUUAUUCUUAUUUAUUCUUUUAAAAAAUCUGCAAGUUUUACCGUUUAGGAAUGGGUGAGUAUUUUUGGUGGCACUUCAUUGAAAGCAAAGAGGUAUCAUGCACUCCACUACAUUAGUUUAAAAAUGUAAAAAAUACUAAUAAUAACUGUCCAUUGUGGUAGUGAAAAUUUCCCAUGUAGCAUUGUACCUGUUGCAUUGAAUGAAGGGUUACUGCUGGGUGGACUUGUGUUCCUUCUGUGCAGAGCGGUUGAAUGUGCGACUAUGGAUGUACCGAAGGCUUGGGGUUCAGUUUGCGCUUAUCAUUUUCAUUAUAUUGUCAUGGCUUACCUGUUCCUAAGGAGAAAAAACAUUAAAGCAAUACAAAUCAACCUGCUUUCUUACU